UCUCUCUCUCUCUCUCUCUCUUUCUCUCCAUGAGAGACAACUAUAUAACUCAUGUUCUUUCAACCAUUAUCACAUAAUCAAGAAAGAAAAAAACUUGUUUACUGAAAUUAUAAGAGAAGAAGAAAAAAACAAUGGGAGGAGGAAACAGAUUUCAAGAACCAGUGAGGAUUAGCCGUAGGAGACAAGUAAGGAAAGGUGAGGAAGAAAAUGAAGUCAAUGAAAGCUUCAAAUCUCCAAAUCUUGAAGCUGAGAGACGUAGAAGAGAAAAGCUACAUGGUCGGCUCAUGGCUCUGCGAUCUCAUGUUCCAAUUGUCACCAACAUGACAAAAGCGAGUAUUGUCGAAGACUCAAUUACUUACAUAAGUGAGCUUCAAGAGGAAGUUGUUAAUCUUACAGAAAAGCUUCAUGAAAUGGAAGAAGCUCCUCUUGAGCUUGAUGAACAACAACAAACGGAUCAGAUUAUAAAACCUGAACAUGAAACUAUUGAUUUGAAAGAGGAGAUGAAGAAACUCGGCAUCGAGGAGAAUAUCCAGUUGUGUAAGAUUGGGGAGAGGAAAUUGUGGUUGAAGAUCACAACAGAGAAGAAACCUGGGAUCUUUACUAAAUUCAUGGAGGUUAUGAGGUUUAUGGGACUGGAGAUCAUCGACAUUACUCUAACUACUUCAUGUGGUGCAACUCUUAUUUGUUCAUCUGUUCAGAUACUUCAGGGACUCUGUGAUGGUGACUCUGUUGAUCUUGAACAGACGAAGGAGUUUCUGUUGGAAGUUAUGAGAAGCAAUCCAUGA